AUGAGCUGGACUGCACCUAAGCAUCGACUGAUUCCAGUUUUCCAGGGCCCGCUGGAGGAAGAGGCCGAUUGCGGUCACCCACCCCUUCGUUUGCCCUCUUGCAUCACUUAUCAUUGUGAGGUGUACGGAGGCACAAAUCUCAACAAGUCCAUGGAGCUGAUAAAUAGAUUUCGCUCUGUUCUUCGCAAAACCAUGCAUCACGGAAGCUGCCCUGAUCUAUAUACCCUUGUUGGAGACCAGUGCCUCUCGGUUUUCUACGUCGGCAGUGUGAGCUGGGGCGAAGCUCGGGCUUUCUGUAAGGUCCUAGGCGGCGAUCUCUUGACGAUCAAGAACAUCACUCAGUUUGCAGACAUCGUCCAACACCUGCAGAGACUUGUGUUGCCAUCUAGCUUCUGGAUCGGGGGCUCAGUCCACAAUGACACUGUAGGGUGGACAUGGAUAGAUGGCUCCCCUAUGGAUAUGGGAUCUCCGUUCUGGGCUACAAGGUACACCCCAUUUUGCAUCAAGAGGAAUGGCACAACGGCCAAAUCAGACGAAACCUGCUACCACUACUACCAGAGUCCUAAGGCGGUGCCCUCGGGCGAAUGUGCCAGCAUCUCCUUCCAACACUCCUACUACAUCUCUGACGAAGACUGCCUGAGGAAGAUGAGUCCUCUGUGCGUCUAUCAGGGAACCGAUUUCCCCAAAAGACCAGAGUAUUAAGAGCGAUUUCUUGAAUCCUGUGAAGGCGUCCUAGGAUCCUAAGGAAACGCCCUUGAAUUUUAAUUGCUAGUAUAGACCCUAAAGACGCGUCUUUAUAUCCUAGGGCACAACCUUGUAUUCUACGGGCACAGAACUUUUUUUUUAUUCUUUUGAAAUGUAUAGAAUCGCCCUAAACUAGGAUUAGAUCU